AAGAGUCUUGCAGUAUCUGAAUUUCAUAUAAUUUAUUAUAUAUUAAAUAAUAUUACGACAAGAAUCUAACUUUUGUGAAAAUCCUACCGAUGAUUCUUCCACAUAAGGAAAAUAAAGAAAUUAACCACACACAAAAUACAGAAACGAAAGAAAAAAUAUAUUCCAAAUGAAAAGCUAAUUCCUUAUCAGGGGUAUGUGGACCCAUAAUUUUAUAUUAUUGUAACAAACAAAUGAAAUACUUUUAUUUUUAUAUACAUAGCCAGGUGUAAUACGGGUUUUCUAAUAUUCUAGCACGCAAAUUCAAUAAUUUGCAUAUAGAAAUUUUAUAAUAUUCUUCAGUUUUUAUAUCCUUUCAGUUAAUCUCCAUAGAAAUUUACGGCAAUGCUAUUAUUAAACAAAGGAGUAUAGAUUAGAUGCAAGUGCUUAUUUAACAAAAACCAGCCGGUAUUUCUCUAUACCAAAUCCAAAACGGAAUAGUCAUAGAUUAGUCAAACAAAAAAAAAUUGCGGCAAUGCUUACGUCGCAAAUAUGACGAUAAAUUAUUUUCUUAACUCAAAUAUUAUUUAAACUACAUCUGGUUCCGAAUAAGAACAGUUGCUUUAAUUUUUUUGGAUUUGAGUUAUUCUUUGUGUCCAAAUGUGAUAUAUACAUUGGUGGAAAUUGAUGGAUAAGAUUCGUCCCUUUCGAGAAUUCUGGAAUUCUAAAUAUAACAUAUAAAUAAAUAUAAUCAUAAAAUAUUUAUCAGUCCUAUCUAAUAAAUAAUAUAUAUUUAUAAGAAUCUUGAAAUGACCUUUACUAACAUCUAUAUUAUAACCUUCUACACAGUUUCCUUCUACUCAGCAAAAUUAACAAGCUCAUUGUGAAGAGCAAUCAUAACAAAAAAUCCACACACGAAACCCUAGUUCGUAAACAUUUAUCAUCACAAUGUCUGGUGUGUGGGUGUUCAACAAGAAUGGAGUGAUGAGGCUGGUUGAGAAUCCUUACAACCAAUCCGGAGGAGAUUGGUCGGAAUCUUCCUCCUCAGGUGGUAGCCAGCAGCAGAGGAUGAGGAGGAAGAUUCUUGUCCAUCUUCCGACUAGCGAGGUUGUCUCUUCGUACAAAUCACUUGAGAGGAUCUUGAAGUGUCUUGGAUGGGAGAGGUACUACAAUGGAGACAACGCCGACCAUCUCCUCCAGUUCCACAAGAGAACAUCGAUUGAUCUCAUCUCUCUCCCUCGCGACUUCUCGAAGUUCAAUUCCAUUCAUAUGUAUGAUGUCGUCGUCAAGAACCCUAACGUCUUCCAUGUCCGAGACAUGUAGUAGCCGAUAUGAAAAUUAAAACUGGGUCAAUUUGAUUCUCCAGAUAUACUUGCAGGCGUUUGCUUUGCUUUAUUUACUGUUGUGGGUUUGUUCUGUGUUGGUCGAUGUAUGGUGGUCUCAAGCUAGAGCCAUUUUAAUAAAUUGUAUCAUUUUGUGAUUUGAAUGAGCUUGAGUCAUGUC